CGCGACGUUGCGUCUGUCCGGCAGUCUUCAAGAUCCGUUACCACACGCUGCUCCCCGUUCUCCUCCUCCCGCUUCUAACAUGGGCACCGGCACCAGCUCCGAGCUUCCCAUGAGUCAGACGGACUUCGAGUCCUACACUGGCAAGCGCUACACCGUCGAGGUGCCCAACACGCGCGAUGCCACGCACGGUCCGGCCUACACUGUGCCAGACAGAGACCCGAUCAACGAAGACGAGAUGACGCUGUACCACAACUUCCUCAUCGGCUGCAACAUCGAGAAUGGCAACCGACCGCUCUACGGUCGACGCACCAUUGACCCCGACACAGGCAAAGCCGGAGCCUACGAGUGGCUCACAUACAACCAGGUCAAGACGCGAAUGGAGCGUGUGGCCAGCGGCCUGAAAGCUGCAGGCCACAUGAAGCGCCAAGACAUGGUGGGCGUCUUCUCUAAGAACCAAUUAGAAUGGUGUCUAGUCGCCCACGCGUGCGACCGCAUGAGUUACGUGCUCGUGCCGCUGUACGACACACUGGGGCCCGAUGCAGUGCCCUUCAUCGUCAACCACACAGAGUUGAGAAUGUUAUUCUGCGGUAAAAAGCAGUUCAACGUCGUCAUGGACUGCGUGGCUGAGUGUCCUACACUCAAGACGGUCAUUCAGUUUGAACCAGUCACUGAGAAGCAGCUACAACAGGCCAAAGAGAAGAACAUCGAGCUCAGAAGUCUCCACGAGCUGGAGCUACUGGGCGAAGCGGACCCUCAACCUGCCGAUCCUCCACUACCCACCGACGUCUCCACUCUCUGCUACACUUCAGGAACCACAGGAGACCCAAAGGGGGUCAUUCUACUGCAGAGGAACUACACGUACGUGGUCCGACAAAUGUGCAACCGCAUGGACAUCCUCCCCACGGACGUGCACUGCUCCUAUCUGCCACUAGCACAUGUGUUUGAACGUGCUGUGUUGGGUGUUCUACAGGCUCACGGCGCCUCUGCAGGCUUCUAUCAAGGAGAUCUGCUGCUGCUGAUGGACGACCUGGCCGAGCUUAAGCCGACGGUCUUCGUGUCUGCUCCCAGACUGUUUAACCGGGUGUAUGACAAGAUCACACAGGGUGUGGCUGCUGCUGGAGGGCUCAAGAAGAUCCUGUUCGAUCGCGCUCUGGCAGCCAAGUUAGCGGGUCUUCCUGCCGGCCACAAGACCCACGCGUUGUGGGACGCUUUGGUGUUUUCCAAGGUCCGCAUGGCUCUUGGCGGUCGUGUGCGUCUCAUUUUCUCGGGUUCCGCGCCGUUGAGUGCUGAGGUGAAGGAGUUUAUGAAGGUCGUCUUCUGCUGCGACGUCGCCGAGGGCUACGGACUGAGUGAGACGGCUGCUGCUGUGGCUGUGGGUGCUGUCGAUAUGCCCAUGGGGCCGCACGUUGGCGCUCCGCUCAUGUACGGACAAGUGCAGUUGGAAGACGUGCCUGAAAUGGGCUACACGAGUCAAGACAUGCCUCGUCCGCGUGGAGAGAUUUGCGUUCGAGGUCCUAUGGUCUUCGCCGGGUACUACAAGGAGCCUGAGAAGACUCGCGAGGCUAUUGAUGAACGUGGAUGGUUCCAUACAGGCGACAUUGGCUGCUGGAAUGCCGAUGGAACACUCAGUAUCAUUGACCGCAAGAAGAACAUCUUCAAGUUGGCUCAAGGUGAAUACGUAGCUGUGGAGAAAAUCGAGAACAUCUACGCUAAGAGCAAGUACGUGGCUCAGCUGUUCGCCUACGGUGACUCGCUUAAGAGUUGUCUGGUUGGUGUACUGGUACCUGACCCAGAAGUGACCGAAGCUUGGGCGAAGGAGCACGGACUGACUGGAGCAGGUGCUUCCAGUGCGAAGGUGGUGAACAACCCAGAGUUCCAGAAAGCGGUACUGGCAGACAUGGCUCGUGUCGACAAGGACGCACAACUUCGAGGCUUCGAACUCGUCAAGAGCGUACACUUCCACCCGGAACCAUUCUCUCUGGAGCAAGGAUUGAUCACACCCACGUUUAAACUCAAACGGCCGCAACUCAAGGCUUUUUUCCAGCCUCAGAUCGAUAAACUCUAUGAACAACUCAAGUAAACAACAGGUUGAGGACCGGAGUGCAUAGCUAAAUACUACUUAUCUUUUCACUAAAAUGAAGCUUCUUCUAUAUUAAUAA